AUGCUAUUUAAUUUGAGGAUCCUGCUGAACAAUGCAGCUCUUAGAAAUGGUCAAAAUUUCAUGGUUCGAAAUUUUUGGUGUGGGAAGCCAUUACAGAACAAAGUACAGCUUAAGGGACGUGAUCUUCUGACUCUAAAGGACUUUACAGGAGAAGAAAUUAAGUAUAUGCUCUGGCUAUCUGCAGAUCUUAAAUUCAGGAUAAAACAGAAAGGAGAAUAUUUGCCUUUAUUGCAAGGAAAGUCCUUAGGCAUGAUUUUUGAGAAGAGAAGUACUCGAACAAGACUAUCCACAGAAACAGGUUUUGCUCUUCUUGGAGGACACCCUUGUUUUCUUACCACACAAGACAUUCAUUUGGGUGUGAAUGAAAGUCUCACAGAUACUGCUCGUGUAUUAUCUAGCAUGACAGAUGCAGUUUUGGCUCGAGUGUAUAAGCAAUCAGAUCUGGAUGUACUGGCUAAGGAAGCAUCCAUCCCAAUUAUCAAUGGACUAUCAGACUUUUAUCAUCCUAUCCAGAUCCUGGCUGAUUACCUCACACUCCAGGAACACUAUGGCUCUCUCAGUGGACUUACUCUCAGCUGGAUAGGGGAUGGGAACAACAUCCUUCACUCCAUCAUGAUGAGUGCAGCGAAAUUUGGGAUGCACAUUCAGGCUGCUACUCCAAAGGGUUAUGAGCCAGAUCCUAGUGUAAUCAAGCUGGCAGAACAGUAUGCCAAGGAGAAUAGUACCAGACUGUCACUGACAAAUGAUCCAUUGGAAGCAGCACAUGGAGGCAAUGUAUUAAUUACUGACACUUGGAUCAGCAUGGGACAAGAAGAGGAGAAGAAAAAACGGCUGCAGGCUUUUCACGGUUACCAGGUUACAAUGAAGAUUGCUAAAGCUGCUGCCCCUGACUGGACAUUUUUACACUGCUUACCCAGAAAACCAGAAGAAGUGGAUGAUGAAGUAUUUUAUUCUCCACGAUCAUUAGUGUUCCCAGAAGCAGAAAACAGGAAAUGGACAAUUAUGGCUGUCAUGGUGUCUCUGCUGACAGAUUACUCACCUACGCUCCAGAAGCCAAAGUUUUGA